AAGAAGCUCCUUUUAUCCAUCAGUGAGCAACACGAGGAAGGGAGAGUGAGGAAAACCCAGGAUCGAGCUGCGAAAACGGCAGACAAAGGAAGGAGGAACGACAGACAGAGACAGGCAGAGAAUGAGACACACCGAGGGAUAAACAGAGAAAAAAAGUCCAAGACAGAAACCAUAGGAAGGCAGCAGUGCUGGAUAUCAUUACAGUCCUGGAGACAGGUUCUCUUCAGAAUUAGUGUUUUUCGGGUGUGAGGAUGUAUCCAGCUUUUCCUUGGACCAAGCUGUGCUUCCUUCUGAUACUUCUACAAUCAGUCUUCUUCAACAGCGAUGGAUUCUGCCCCCCUCAAUGUGUCUGUGAGACAAGACCUUGGUUUACACCACUAUCUGUCUACCAUGAAGCCAAAACAGUGGACUGCAAUGACCUCUUGCUCACCCAUAUCCCGGAGAACCUUUCCAUUGACACUCAGGUUCUACUGCUUCAGAGUAACAAGAUCUCACGUUUGGGAUGGGAGCUCCAGGAAUUAACUAAUCUGACCGAACUGGAUUUGUCUCAGAAUCACUUUCAAAGCAUUGAGGAUCUAAGUGUGUCAAAUCUUUCCCAUCUGAUCACCCUUUAUCUGGAGGAGAACCAACUGACGGAGUUACCAGACUACUGUCUAAAAGAUCUGGAAAAUCUGGAAGAGUUGUACAUUAACCACAAUCAGAUCAAUUUCAUUGGUCCCCGUGCCUUCUCUGGUUUAGGAAAGCUUUUGAGACUCCAUCUAAAUGCUAAUCGUCUAAGUAUCAUUAAUCCAAGAUGGUUUGAAGACCUACCAAACCUAGAAAUAUUGAUGAUUGGAGAGAACCCUGUAAGUAGUCUUCAGAACUUGAACUUUCAACCGUUAGGUAGUUUACACAGUCUUGUUUUGGCUGGGAUGGAGUUGGAAUAUAUUCCAGAAAAUGCCUUUUUUGGAUUAGACUAUCUUGAGAGCCUCUCAUUUUUUGAUAAUCGACUGACGGAAGUUCCCAAGGAAGCACUAAAAAAACUGAACGUAUUGAAGUUCUUGGACCUUAACAAAAACCCAAUUCAUAAAAUAAAGAAUGGUGAUUUUAAAGACAUUCUUCACCUUGAAGAACUCAGCCUUAAUUCAAUGGAAGAAUUAGAACGUGUUGAGUCUGGUGCCUUUCAGAACCUGCCCGAGCUGAUUAAACUGGAGAUUUACAACAACCCCAGAUUAACCUACUUGGAUCCUGAUGCAUUUGUUUCUAAUGUGGGUUCAUUGAAAACUUUACUUCUCAAUAAUAACAGACUACCCAUAGUGCCCCAAAAAGUGUUCAAGUCACUGCCAGGGCUGACCGAGGUCAGCUUAUACAGCAACCCUCUUCGCUGUGACUGCCAAAACAACUGGAAGGGUCUUUCCUCCCUAAGACUGAUUGAGUCCCAGGCCACACUAUGCACUAGUCCACCACUGGUAAGUGGACAUCUUUUCCAAGAAAUCCAGGGCCAAGCAUGGUUGAGCAGAUGUCCACCUUUAAUAGACACACACUCUUUUCCUCAUGAGCUUCAUCUUUCCAAACACCAACAGGUGACUCUCACUUGCCAUGCCAGUGGCAACCCAAAGCCUGAGAUCUACUGGGUAACUCCUCAUGGAGAAAGACUAUCAGGGACAACUGGAAGAGUCAGAAUGCAUCCUGAGGGUUCGCUACAAAUCAUGGAUGCUCUAGAAGAAGACUCUGGGUCCUACAUGUGCCAAAUAUGGAACUCUGAUGGAACGGACAGUAAAAGUGUGGUUAUCUACAUCAAUGGCACUCAAGAGAAAGAGAUGGGAUCACUUGCAAUGGUUACCAAACAAGUGCAUUCAAACUUUGUGGUUGUGGAGUGGAAAAUUUUGGGUGGGUCGGGAUCUGCACCAAGAGUUUUAGCCCCUGUCCAGUGGUCUUCAGCGACUAUGAGAAUACAUAACCCUCACAUCAGUUACACAGCCAAGGUUCCUCUGGAGAUACAAGAAUAUAACCUAACACACCUUCAGCCGGCCACAAAGUAUGAGGUAUGCCUCACAGUGUCUUCUCUAUCCAGACCAAGUGAACAGUCGUGCCUCAAUGUUACCACUAAGGAACCUUCAUUCACUGUAGCAGUGGCUGGUAGGCCAGUAAGUAUCGCCCUCUCUGCUGCCCUUAUUGCUGGUUUAUGCAUGGCUGCCAUUAUUAUUUACGCCGGUUAUCACCUCAGACACAAAAGCUGUGGACACUCCUUGAAGAAGUACAUGCAGAGAGCAUCUUUCAUUCCGCUCAAUGAGUUCUAUCCUCCACUCAUCAGCCUGUGGGAAGCAGAAAGUGAGAAGGAUAAAGAGAGUAGUUUGGAGCAGCCAACUUUGCCACCCCCAUUGGAAGUGAAGACAUUGCCCCCAGCGGGACAGAUUGACACCUCAAAGACAUACAUGUGGCAGCCGUGAACCUCAAUGGAACUGAGCACACGACCGUAGCAACGUAAUAAACCUCCAUGUGUAGGCACUCUGUGGAUGUCUUAGAAUUGGUUGUAAAAACAGCAAAAAGGAGGUGAUUUUAGCACAAUCUGUCAGUCGCAGAGGGUGUUGAGGUGCUGGGACCGCGCACGUAGUCAGACACCUGUCAUUCAACCGAUAUUAGAAAGGUUAAAGAGACUUUUCUUUGACUUCAAUACCAGCCUCAGAAAACACAAACUCUUCCUGUGUGUUUUUAAAAACUUUAGAUGAUUAUCUGGGAACACUGCUCGGAACUGAGAGAGAGAUUCUGUGCAGGGCCUGCAUGGAACUGAAUGGUGAUUAGUUUGUGGUAAAUGCCAAAACAGUCAGGUGACCAUCAGUUUACUCAAACAUGUCAUCUCUAUGACCAAACUGCACUAACAUGAAACAUGUCCCACGCACACAGACACACAUAACUUUCAGCAAACAAAACUGAACAAUUAACACGGCUGUCACAUGUUACAGAAACACACAUCAUUGCCACUAACAUGUCAUAAAAGCCUACAGCAUAUCCUCUAACAUAUAAUUUGUGGCAGAAACAAGCAGCAUCUUCUCUAACAUGUAACAUGUCAUAAAACACAUCGCAUGUUACAGAAAGAAACAAUCUCUACUAACAUGCAUCAUGUCAUAAACACACCCUCCAUCUCUACUGACACAUAACAUGUCAUAAACACACACCAUCUCUACUGACACAUAACAUGUCAUAAACACACACACCAUCUCUACUGACACAUAACAUGUCAUAAACACACACACCAUCUCUAGUGACACGUAACAUGUCAUAAACACACACACCAUCUCUACUGACACGUAACAUGUCAUAAACACACACACCAUCUCUACUGACACGUAACAUGUCAUAAACACACACACCAUCUCUAGUGACACAUAACAUGUCAUAAAAGAACACACAAUCUCUACUGACACAUAACAUGUCAUAAACACACACACCAUCUCUACUGACACAUAACAUGUCAUAAACACACACACCAUCUCUACUGACACAUAACAUGUCAUAGAAACACACACCAUCUCUACUAACAUGUAACAUGUCACAAAGGACCACACCAUCUCUACUGACACAUAACAUGUCAUAAAAGUACACACCAUCUCUACUAACAUGUAACAUGUCAUAAAAAUACACACUAUCUCUACUGACACGUAAAACGUCAUAAAAACACACACCAUCUGAACUGACACAUAACACGUCAUAAAAACACACACCAUCUCUACUAACAUGUAACAUGUCAUAAAAAUAUACAUCAACUCUACUAAAAUGUAAGAAAUAAAAACACACUCGUUACCAAAAGCAUAUUAUGAAAACACAAAUGUAUAACAUGUUAGUAUGGCAGAAAAACAAAUACUCCCCAUUAACAUGUAACAUAAGCACACAUCAUCUCCGUUAACAUAUAACAAUAAGCACACCUAUCCUCUCUAGCAACAUGUAACAUGUCUUAACUCCACACAUCAUCUCUGCUAACAUAUAUUAUGUUACGCAAAAAUCACACCAACUCCACUAACAUGUAACAUGUCACAAAAACAUUCACUAACUCCACUAACAUGUAACAUGUCACAAAAACAUUCACCAACUCCACUAACAUGUAACAUGUCACAAAACAUUCACCAUCUCCACUAACAUGUAUUAUGUUACGCAAAACACACACCAACUCCACUAACAUGUAACAUGUCACAAAAACAUUCACUAACUCCACUAACAUGUAACAUGUCACAAAAACAUUCACCAACUCCACUAACAUGUAACAUGUCACAAAAACAUUCACCAACUCCACUAACAUGUAACAUGUCACAAAAACAUUCACCAUCUCCACUAACAUGUAUUAUGUUACGCAAAACACACACCAACUCCACUAACAUGUAACAUGUCACAAAAACAUUCACCAACUCCACUAACAUGUAACAUGUCACAAAAACAUUCACCAACUCCACUAACAUGUAACAUGUCACAAAAACAUUCACCAUCUCCACUAACAUGUAACAUGUUACGCAAAACACACACCAACUCCACUAACAUGUAACAUGUCACAAAAACAUUCACCAACUCAACUAACAUGUAACAUGCCACAAAAACAUUCACCAACUCUACUAACAUGUAACAUGUCACAAAAACAUUCACCAACUCCACUAACAUGUAACAUGUCACAAAAACAUUCACCAACUCCACUAACAUGUAACACGUUACAAAAAUGUACACCACCUCCAUUAACAUGUAACAUAAACACACACCACCUACACUAACAUGUAACAAACACAUCACCUACAUUAACACAAAAAAAUUUACACGAAAAAUACACAUCACCUCCAAUCCAUUAGCAUGAAACAAACCACAUACACACAAAUAAAUAAAUACUCUCCACUGACAUGUAACAUCACACGUUUUAAUGAGGUGAUCUGAAUUCUUGCGAUCAGAGCAGAUUUGGUUAGGGGACAGUGAAUUUGUACGGGGUAAGGGGAUGUAUAUUGAAGGGAAUAAAGAAAUACUGUUGUGUAAUUGUGUAUGUAAAAGGAUGGGAUAAUGUCACAAAACGUGGAACUCAUAAACCAGACAUUUAGGUUGAUCUAUAAACUGACAUAUUGUCGUCAUUAUAAACUGGCGUAGUAUGGGACCCACUGAUAGAGAGAGUCUCAUGUUGUUGCAACUUCACAUUCAUCGCUUCUGGAGACAAAUAAAUACAUUAUUAUAA